AAGAUCUGCACUGUGGUGCAGGGGCGACAUGGCUUUGAUCAUUGUGAAAUAGUGCCUUACGUACAUCUAACGGAACACACUCUUCCCCUGGUAAGCCAGCCUAGGGCGUCGUAGUUCUACACCACUAUGCUGUAGUGUAAGGGCACAUCAUGGGAGGCGUCAGUCCCUAAAAAAGGGUUACAUAUAUAUAAUAUAUUACAGGAGCUAUAUCAAGAUACAAAAGGAACUGCUAAAAAUAUGAUACUUUUUGUCUUAUUUAAAAAAAAAAAACAACAGAUAACAGCAUGUUACUCUGACGGUUCAAUGUAGGCCUAGAGAUAGAAAAAGAUGUAGCCCUUGAGUUGUGCAUUUUCAUAACUAAAUAUUAUAUAUAUUAUAUUAUGCCCCCCUCCCCCACAUCACAUGGUGCGUCGUAGUGAGGAAGGAGCAGAGGUUUGGUAACAUAUUCACUAAAAAAAACUGCUGAUUUACUUGUUUUCAAAAUUUUCUCUCGCGAUUCCAAAACGUGUUCAUGUUUUCUUUGUCUUUUCCAUUUUUUGCCCACUUCCCCAUCUGUCUAUCUGACCCACAACUCUACUCUUGUAUCCAUCCAGUCUCUCAGCGGACGAUAACAAGUUGGUGAAAUGGCGUUGUCGCAAAAAGGGAGAGCGCUAGUCCCAACAACAAUGUCGUAUGCCGGUUAUGGUAGUGCUGACAGGCAGGUGGGGUUGUUGACCGUAGAUGAUAUGCCUGAGCUUCUGAAGGAACCUUACAUUCACACAGGGUACCGCCCAGUUGGCCUCCCUUGGACAUAUUAUUUGUACAGCACAAUUAGGGUAGGCUCAAACCCAUUUUCCUUUCUUUUUUUUUUUUAAAAUUUAAAUUUUAAAACCCCCCCCCCUUUUUUUUUUUUUUUUUUUUCGGGCCAAUGGUUCUCAACUUGUGCGCUUCUCCACGUCCGCUCCAAGAAAUUCCAAAACACUAUUAACUUUUAAGGUUGGGGGGGGGGGAUGUCUAAGAGGCUCCUCGAUAGAAAUUAAUUACAAAAAGUCGAGUCAAAAUGGCUGGGAACUACUGAUCUAGGCUAUCACAGCAUAAGAAUUCCCAUUCGUCGUGUCAUAAAUUAUUUGUUUCAUAACCGUGUCUAUUAAUUAAUUAAUUUUCUGAAACAUUUCUUUUUGCAUUCGUCUUUUAUAUCUUAAUAAAAUAAAAGCAUUUGCUAUUUUUAAAAAGAGUUAAGCGAAACCAGCUCCUAUAUUGAAGUAGGGCCAACAAUAAUAAAGUUUCCAUAGUCUUUACAGAACUGUCUCUCAAGUUAGGAAAUGUCCGGAUAUGAGAGAAAAUAAACACUUUGUUGGGUUUGGGCUCGGGCUUUCGGGUGGGGUUUUAGUUUUAAGUUGAAUAAAGCACUGGAUUUAUCAAUGAGCCGAUUUGUGGAAUAUGUUUGGUUCAUUUAAAGUGUCAGCUGAAUUGUAAAUUUGUUGAUUUCGACUUGUAACUUUGUCUUGGCAUCAGCUACACAAUGAAACUGUCAACGUUUGGACACACCUGGGUGGCUUCCUCCUAGUUUUAGUACGGCUUUUAAUAUUCUUUAACGGAGGCGGUGAGCUCAGCGAGAAAACUUCUUGGCCUGUCCUAGGCUAUGGCGUGUGUAGCCUAGUCAACUUGGUAGCAAGCACCGGAGGUAGGUUUAGUUAAUCUGGUAGCCAGUACUGUAGGUAGGUCUGGUUAAUCUGGUAGCCAGUACUGUAUGUAGGUCUAGUUAAUCUGGUAGCCAUUACUGUAUGUAGGUCUAGUCAAUCUGGUAGCCAGUACUGUAUGUAGGUCUAGUUAAUCUGGUAGCCAGUACUGUAUGUAGGUCUAGUUAAUCUGGUAGCCAGUACUGUAUGUAGGUCUAGUUAAUCUGGUAGCCAGUACUGUAUGUAGGUCUAGUCAACUUGGUAGCCAGUACUGUAUGUAGGUCUAGUUAAUCUGGCAGCCAGUACUGUAUGUAGGUCUAGUUAAUCUGGUAGCCAGUACUGUAUGUAGCUCUAGUUAAUCGAGUAGAAAGUACUGGAAGUAGGUUUAGUUAAUCUGGUAGCAACUACUGGGAGUAAGUUUUACAGUCGAUAUGUUUGAUCAAUAUGUCCAUACUUGAAAUGGGGUUUCACGUCAAAGACUCUUAGCUCUAGUAAGGAGUUUAGUUAAAAUAUUUUCAUCCUGGAUGAUGUUGAAGAAUUGCUGAAGCGAAUUGAGUUUGGCACCAUAAAUGGAACACUUACGAAGAAUGUAAUUCCCAGGCCCCACCUAGGCAACACGUUAUUCCCAGGCCACACCUUGGCAACCCGUCAUUCCCAGGCCCCACUUUGGCAACCCGUCAUUCCCAGACCCCACCUUGGCAACCCGUCAUUCCCAGGCCCUACCUUGCCAACCCGUCAUUCCCAGGCCCCACCUUGGCAACCCGUCAUUCCCAGGCCCCACCUUGGCAACCCGUCAUUCCCAGGCCCCACCUUGGCAACCCGUCAUUCCCAGGCCCCACCUUGGCGACCCGUCAUUCCCAGCCCCCACCUUGGCAACCCGUCAUUCCCAGGCCCCACCUUGGCAACCCGUCAUUCUCAGGCCCCACCUUGGCAACCCGUCAUUCCCAGGCCCCACCUUGGCAACCCGUCAUUCCCAGGCCCCACCUUGGCAACUCUUUAUUUCCAGGCCCCACCUUGGCAACCCAUCAUUACCAGGCCCCACCUUGAAAACCCGUCAUUCCCAGGCCCUAUCUUGGCUACCAAUCAUUACCAGGCCCCACCUUGGCAACCUGUUGACCCGUCAUUCCCAGGCCACACCUUGGCAACCCGUCAUUCCCGGCCACACCUUGGCAACCCGCCAUUCCCAGGCCCCACCUUGGCAACCCAUCAUUACCAGGCCCCACCUUGGCAACCUGUCAUUCCCAGGCCCUACCUUGGCUACCCGUCAUUCCCAGGCCACACCUUGGCAACCCGUCAUUCCCAGGCCCCACCUUGGCAACCCGGUGUGGUAUUUGAGGCCGAGAGCCUUCCAACACAACAAAUUCUGUGGCCGGGGGUAUUGCCUGAAAGAUUAUUUUUCUACAUUUCAAUUUAUUCAUUUUUAUCGUAGCCGAAAAUGUUUACGACCCACACUAUGAUUACGACCACACUAUGAUUACGACCACACAAUGAUUACGGCCCACACUAUAUAUGAUUACGACCCACACUAUGACUCAAGUCUAAACCCAAAUACACACAAAAUCUAAUACCCUUAGAGCAGCGGUUCUCAACUUGUGGGUCGCGACCCCUUUGGGGGUCGAACGACUCUUACACGGGGGUCGCCUAAGACCAUCGGAAAACACAUAUUGAUGAAGUAGCGAGGAAAAUAAUUUUAUAGUUGGGGGGUCACCACAACAUGAGGAAAUGUAUUAACGGGUUCGCGGCAUUAGGACGGUUGAGAACCACUGCCCUUUGAGUUUAAGUCAACGUUGUAAUCCUGUUGUAUGGUUUGCCCCACAUUGCAGCCCAUCUCCUACACUCCAAAUCUCAAUGGCACCAUUACGUGCUCUUUCUUAUGGACUACAUGGGCGUCACCAUCUUCUGCUUCGGUUCUGGCAUUGCUACAAUGUACGCCAUUGCCACCACGAGCUACCAUGAGAUUAUGUACGUUUGCUUCCUGCCCAUCAAUGUACUCUUGAGUUGGGUAGCUUUUUUCACCUGCUGCCUAGCUAAACUCCGUCUCACUCACCAGCAUGUAAGUAAUAGGUUUGAGAACUCAGGAUGCAAGGGGUAGGUUUGAUGCAUCAGGAUUUAAGUAGCAGGUUGAGACAUCAGGAUGUAACUAAUGGGUCUGAGACAUCAGGAUGUAAGUAGUAGGUUGAGACAUCAGGAUGUAAGUAGCCGGUUUGAGGCAUCAGGAUGUAAGUAGCAGUUUUUAGACAUCAGGAUGUAAGUAGUACGUUUGAGACAUCAUGAUGUAAGAAGUAGGUUUUAUACAUCAGGAUGUAAGUAAUGGGUUUGAGACAUCAGGAUGUAAGUAGUAGGUUUGAGACAUCAGGAUGUAAGUAGUUGGUUUCAGGAAUCAGGUGUAAGUAGCAGGUUUGAGAAUCAGGAUGUACGUAGUAGUUUUGAGACAUCAGGAUGUAAGUAGCAGAUUUUAGACAUCAGGAUGUAAGUAGCAGGUUUUAGAAAUCAGGAUGUCAGUAAUACGUUUGAGAAUCAUGAUGUAAGUACAAGGUUGAGGCAUCAGAAUGUAAGUAGCAGGUUUGAGGAAUCAGGUGUAAGUAGCAGGUUUGAGACUUCAUGAUGUAAGAAGAAGGUUUUAUAAAUCAGGAUGUAAGUAAUGGGUUUGAGACAUCAGGAUGUAAGUAAUGGAUUUGAGACAUCUGAAUGUAAUUAGUAGGUUGAGACAUCAGGAUGUAAGUAGUAGGUUUGAGACAUCAGGAUGUAAGAAGAAGGUUUUAUACAUCAGGAUGGAAGUAGAAAGUUUGAGACGUCAGGAUGUAAGUAGUGGAUUUGAGACAUCAGGAUGUAAUUAGUAGGUUUGAGAGGAACGUACAGCUCCCUUUACGGUGGGGUGAGGUAACGCAACACCAUCCCCGGAGAGGAAGAGAAGCCGCUCCAACCCAACGUCCAGACCGUACGACUCAUUGGGCAAGGGGGGUGGUGACGCAAAACUGUCCCCUCAUGAGUGGAAGCAAACUACCCAGCACUCCUUUUACUCGAGACCGUGUUGCAUGGCCGGAGCCCCCAGGGACUACUAGGCCAUGUUUCAAGGCCGACCUCCUUAGAGUAAUGAACUUUAUUAGUAGGUUUGAGACAUCAGGAUGUAAGUAGUAGGUUUGAGACAUCAGAAUGUAAGUAGUAGGUUGAGACAUCAGGAUGUAAGUAAUGUGUCUGAGACAUCAGGAUAUAAGUGGUAUGUUUGAGACAUCAGGAUGUAAGUAGUAGAGUUUAGACAUUAGAAUGUAAGUAGAAGUUUUGAGACAUCAUGAUAUAAUUAGUGGGUUUGAAACUGCAAGAUUUUAAGUUGUAGGUUUGACACAGCAUAUCAAAAUGUAAGUAAAUAGGAGGUUUGACAGAUCACACCAUGAUGUAAGUAGGACGAUGUAAGUCUAAACAUCACAUCAUGGUGUAAGUAAAGGGCCUCGUUUUCGCUACUUGUUCGAAACCACAAUGCUACUAAUAAUAUACAUUUGAGAAUACGUCAAUCGAUAGUCAAGAAAACUUUGAUAACAAAUUGAAAACUAAAUCAAAAUAUAAGAACAAAAUAACAUUUAUUUUACAAUAUGACCAACCAUACGAGUAUGUGCCUGACAUUUUUUUUCCCUUUGUGUAGAAGAAAAUUUUAUUUAAUUAAAAUUCAAACCAUCUUUCUGUCCUCAAGUCUAAGAGAAAAGCCUUGAUGUUGUUAGGAGUGGCCACCCAGGGAGUGUUUGUUGCAACCCCAAUUUUAUCCCGCUACUACCAGUGUAUGCAAGAGCCCGACUGCGCAUACUCGUCCCUCAAUCACCUUGGCCUCGUUUUGACGCUCACCGCGCUCUGCGCGAUCACGUUCGCCUGCCAAAUCCCCGAGAGUUUACUCCCUGGCGGAUUUGACUUAUUCGGCCACGGCCACCAGAUCUUUCACGUCCUGGCCGUGAUGGCCAUGCUAGCAAUGAUCGGAGCCAUGGACAAGGACAUCAACGUGAUGGGCGUCAGCCAGAAAUUGGAACCCAACUUUGUUCACUUAACUUUAUCGCUAGCUGUUCUCGUAGCCCUUGAAGUUGUGACGCUCAUUUAUUGUGUCCAGCGUUCUGUGAUUCCGUGUGUUAAUAGGGACGCGACCUCAGACGUCACGCCAGAGCCGCCUGCCGUGGUGCAUCCUUGCCAUUCCUGCCUACCCGCGGUAGCGGAGAGACAGCCGUCUGAAGAAGAUCUUUGCGAAUACUUUCAGUUGCUCUUUGGUGAUGCUGAAAACAAAAAACACAACUAAGGCUGAGAAAAACUAGAAAACAUAAAUUGAUUCAUCUUUCAGAUCCAUGCCAUGUCUUGGUUUCUUCGUGUGGAGAGUGGUAUAAGCCUUGAUCUCAUAGUUUCUUCCAAAUCUCAACCAGUUAUGUUUUUCAUAAAAUAAUAAACAUUUUACUUCGAUCAUUUCAAUGGAUUUUCAAUAAAAAAUAUAUGCAUAAUAGUUAAUGUCUUUAAAAUAUAAAUUUAUUAUAAGAAAACACCGCGAUUCAACUUGGGACUCCAAGAAAUGUAACUCAUUUCCUUAAUUAUUGCUUUAUAGGAAGUAAACAUGUAGUGUGCGAUAGAGGGGCAGUGUGCGAUAAAGGUGUAGUGUGCCAUUGAGGGGAAGUGUCUAUAGAGGGAUUUGACUUUUGGAUCAUCUGUGCAAUAGCAGGCCUAAUUAUAAAAAAAUUUGUGUAACUUGAUAUUUACAUGGUGUGCUAAAAUAAUUAUUUUCUAGCUUAAAAAUUUUGUGAUAGGUACUAUUGAAGGCCCGGUAUAAGAUUUGCAUACAUCUAUACAAUAAAAUGUCUAUGUGUCUGAUGGUAAACAUUAACUAUUUCAAGAAUGGCUUACCAACGGUAGCUUUAUAGCUCUACCAAUACGAUCUACUUCUAUUUCUGCC